CCCCUACUUUUUUCCUUUCUUCCUUAAGCCAGAGACUUUCGAGCCGUGCCAAAAUUUGGCAACCAUCUAAGGAAAUACUAAACCCUUUCUCGUCGAAUUCAUCGAACCCUUUAUCCCUCCCUCCAUUUCUGAACAGAAAGGUUCUUAAAUCAAGAAGGAAAAGCAGAAAAACGGAGCAUAAUCGUAGAAUCAGCCAAAAUUUUUAUCAAGUUCUGAUUUUUAUCGUCUUUUAUGACCUGUUUGACUGUUGAUUAUUUACAUAUUCCGUUAAUUAAUAGGAACCCAUAUAAGUUUGCAGUUAAAACGACGUUUAAACCAAAGGGGUCGUCGAAAUUACGAAGUUUUGGAUUGAAGCCGUUGGUUGUUAGGAGGAAAAAAGAAGAAAUGGCGAUGGUGGAGGCGGCGAAGGGGAAGGAUGUGGCAGCGACGGUGAUGUUAACCUCCGGGGCGAGUGGAAGAAUUAGCGCUUUGUUUUCUGUGCGAGUUUGGAAGAGCUCGUUAAUGGUUCUAAAUGCGUUUGUUUUGUUGUUAUUUUUGCCAUUUCGGCGCCGGAGAGUGGUGUCGCCGGGGGCCGUGAUGGGGCCGGGGAGUCAGGCGGGAGGAAGUGGCAGUUGUGGUGGUAGUGGAGGUGGGGGGAAGGGGCAUGGGAAGGAGGAGAGACAGGCGGAGAAAAAAGGAGGUGUGACGGUGGUGAGAGUGCCGGCGGCGAUGGUGCCAAGGAAGAGCUCGGCGGUGGACAAGGAGGUGGCGUCAAGGAGGGCGUUGGCUAUAAAGAGGGUUUUGGAAGAUAACUGUAAACAGUCGGUGAGAGACUACGCCCUUUUUGGGACAUCCAGAGGUGAUACCUUGUUCACGCAGUCAUGGACUCCGGUUGGCAUUAAAGUCAGAGGGUUGGUUGCUCUCCUACAUGGCUUGAACGAACACAGUGGCAGAUACACUGAUUUUGCUCAGCAGCUGAAUGCAAAUGGUUACAAGGUCUAUGCAAUGGAUUGGAUAGGACAUGGUGGAAGUGAUGGACUUCAUGCUUAUGUUCAUUCGCUUAGUGAUGCUGUUCAUGAUAUGAAAUCAUUUAUUAGGAAGGUUCUAGCGGAAAAUCCAGGUCUUCCAUGCUUUUGCUUUGGACACUCGACUGGUGCAGCCAUUGUUCUUAAGGCAGUACUGGAUCCAGAGGUUAAAGCUCACAUUGCAGGAGUAGUUGUCACUUCACCUGCUGUUGGAGUUCAACCUUCCCAUCCAAUUUUUGCAGUACUUGCUCCUAUUUUUUCCUUCUUAUUGCCAAGAUAUCAGUUCAGUGCAGCAAAUAAAACGGGUACUGUAGUUUCUAGAGAUCCAGAGGCAUUAGUUGCUAAGUACUCCGAUCCUCUAGUGUUUACAGGAUCUAUCAGGGUAAGAACUGGCUAUGAAAUAUUACGGAUUACGGCCUAUCUACAACAGAACUUGAAGAAGUUGACAGUGCCAUUUUUAGUUCUUCAUGGCAGUGCUGAUGGAGUCACUGAUCCAGCAGCAUCUCGGAAACUUUAUGAGGAGGCCUCCUCAACUGACAAAACUAUCAGGCUUAUAGAAGGGCUUUUACAUGAUCUGCUCUUUGAACCUGAAAGACAAGAAAUUGUGGAGGAAAUAAUUGAAUGGUUGAACCAAAGAUGUAGGUUGAGGUGGAGUUCUAGCACCUGACCAAUGAGCAUUCUUGGAACUUUGCUCAUUGAUGAUGUGCCGUGAAGCAGGCGAAUAAAACCUUAAUAAAAUUGCAUCUUUAGGUCAGGAUAUCUGAAUUUGACAUGUGAAUUAUGAUUUUCACUUGUCCCAAAAUCCCUGUAGUGAUAUUGCAAAUAUUUCUCGACAUUAA